AUGUCACACGAAGCGCUCAACCCGAUUCACCCGGCCGUCCUGCCUCACCUGGACCCGGUGUUCAUCCAGCUCUACAAUGACCACGUCGCGAACACCCCCGUGGGUCCCAUUGAUCUAUCUGUCCUCCGCAGCAAAUAUUCGGUCCUCUACUCGUACGGGACCGGGCCAGCACCCGACUGCGCACGCAUCUACGAUACUCAGGUUCUGGGUCAUAAUGGCGAUCCAAUUCCCGUGCGAGUGUACGAGCCGGCAGCGCCUGGUCCGUGGCCAGUACAUGUGGAUUUUCAUGGCGGCGGAUGGGGCCUCGGUGAUCUUGAGACAGAAGCACAUAUCUGCAAGCAUCUCUGCGUCAAGGCGAAUGUCUGCGUAAUUGAUGUGGAAUACCGACUGGUGCCCGAACACGCCUUUCCGAUUGGCGUUCAGGACUCCUUCGCAGCGCUGCAGUACAUCCAUUCGAACGGCGAAAAAUUCAAUAUCAAUCCCGGCCGCAUCUCGCUGGGAGGUGUUUCAGCGGGCGCAAAUAUUGCUUUAGUGUGUGCACAUCUCGCCCGCGAUGCCAAUCUGCCUCUGCAGCUCAUUGCUGUGGGGACCCCGGUGAUCGACGACAUCUCAAAAUACAGCUCUGCGGCCGAGGCACCCUGGCCGUCAAUGAAGCAGAUGGAGCAUGCGCCAACGCUCAACUGGGGACGCUUGAAAUGGUUUGACAACUUGAAAUGGCAGAGCAUCGCUGCUGACGGCCCUGAUCGAAAGGCCCAGCUGGCCGCGGUGAAAUGGUUUGCAAACAUUUUGCAAGCCCCUGAUUUCACCCGGCUGCCGAAAACAGUCCUUUACACCGCAGGUUGUGACCCGUUGCGGGAUGAGGGCGAAGCAUAUGCGCAAAAAUUGAUCGAAGGAGGCAAUGAAGUGAUCCAGAAGCGGUUUGCCGGUGUCCCACAUCCAUUCAUGCAUAUGGACAAAGAUCUGUGGCAGGCGAAGCAAUUUAUUGACUUGACGGCGGAACAUAUUAAGGCUACGCUUCACCGAUAG